AUUCAGGCUGGAGAGCCAUUCCCUGAGCAAAAAGGCUGCUGCUGCUGCUGGCUCCCUUUUUGGGGGGGCUUUUGGAGAGAAAGAGCCUUCCCCCCUCCCCCGUGGUGGGCAGCAAGGAUCCGCAGCCUGGCGCCAGGCCUCCUUUCUCCCCUCCUCUCUCGGGUGGCAUGACACUUUUUGGCAGCAGAGAAGGGUGCUGGAGAUAUCUAGACAUGGCCCGAGAGCCUAAGUUGAGCCAUGCUCGUCCUGGUCAGAAGAGACAGCAUGGCGGAGGCCUCUACCCCAGCAGCUGUGACCUGGACUAUGAGGAAUAUGAGCUUUAUAAAGAUGAUCUGCCAUACAGGGUCUACGAGUACCAGAAGAUCCCUCCUCUCAUCAGUCACAUUCCUGUCAAGGCCAGGCGAAGCCAUUUAGGAGCUGGGGGCAAGACCAGCCUGGGCCCACACACUGGGUUGAGAGGCAACAACUCCACAGCUGGCCGUACAAAAUUGCGAGCAGAAGAGCUACACUCCAUCAAAGGAGAACUCAGCCAGAUCAAAGCCCAGGUGGACAGCUUGCUGGAGAGUCUGGAUCGGAUGGACCAGCGACGGGAGCACCCUCCAGGUUCCAAGGAGGGCAAGAAGAAAGCUCCAGCCAGUGGUGAAGCCGCAUAUCCGGGAGGGGACCCCGUUCGGAGGAAGGAGAGCACGGAAAACGAUGGCCGUGCUACUCUGCAGGAGGUGGACAGUGCAGAGGAGAGCACAGAUACCGAAGAGGCAGCGAGGAAUCACACGUUGGAUCCUGAAAGCAGCAAGUAAAAAGACCAGAAGCGCUAUAACCCCUUGCCUAGCAUUUCCUUUCCUGUGUGUUGUAUUUCUUUCAAUGCCUCCAGCUGGUGCCGCGUCUGACAACAGGUACCUGCAUUUAGUGCUGGUGCAGAGGAGAAAAGAGGUCUGCGACGCUCACUCGCACCUUCACCUGGUCUGGCAGCGAGAGACUCCUGACGUGUCGAGGGAGAAGCAGCUUGGUGUUCUUUGUUGUGAAAAUUAAAAUAUGCCGAUGUGGGAGGAAGGUGGGGAAAUGUGACUGCACAGUUGAACCAGCUCAUAAUUAAGCCGAAAUAAAGCAGUAGCUAUCUCCUACAGGUAGAA